AUGAACUUUCUCGACGCAUAUGACAUUGCAGGCACACCGACCCCUCCGCCAGGCCAGCAGUCCGAGACCAGUCUAAACGACGAGGUCACGCAGGUCGUCGGCCAGCUUUCCCGCUUUUGGGGCGGAUUCCGGAAGCAGAGCCAGUCCGUAAUCGAGGCUGCGCGUAAAGACCUAGGCGAGGUCGUAUCGCAGGCGCAGAAGGAGCUCAGCAAAUAUACCGCUGAUUCCAGCUCUGUGCCACCCGCAGCAGGGUCGACGAACGAUGCACCCUCGGAAACAGACAGAGACAAUGAUACUACGCCAUCCGUAUCGGUUUCAGCCAGCGCAAGCUCCAUCUCCCCAGCAGACACCGAGGACAUUUCUACCACACCCAACCCUGACUCAGGAUCACAAGCGCUGCCCCAAUCGCAAACCCUCUUAGGCCGUCUACAAGCAUCUCUUCCCCCACAGCUCGUCUCGUCUGUGCAGGAAAAGCUUCCAGAUUCUAUCAAGCAUGCCCGCGGAAUCUCGCUCUCCGCGCCCGACUUCGCGACACUCCGCAGUACGCUUACGACAGAGCUGCAGCGCGUGCAGGGCACGAGCGAAGAUUUCCUGCAUCGCAUGCAGGGAAGCGGCGAAGAGCUCUUCCAGCGCAUGCAAGGAAGUAGCGAGGAGCUGUUUCGCGAGGCAGGCGAGUUCCUCAAGGACGCAGUGCGUGUGGUUCCCCCCGAGGAGGGCGGCUUCGGUGGCAGUAAUGCGGGAGUGAUGUGGGACGGAACAGACGUAUGGAUGAUCCCGACAUUUGGCGUGGAAAGUACGGCCGGGCCGCCAAGUGCGAAGGGAAAGGAACGGGAGACGGAGGGUAGGAGAUCCCAGAGCUCAGGACCGGAUUCCAGGCGACCAUCGAUGGAUGGUAUCCGUGCGGCGACGACGAGGGCGGAGGCGCUGCUUACACAGUUGAGAUACGACCCGCAGGUACUACGCGCAGAUCCUGCCGCCGAGGGGGAAGCGUUCGAUAAGUGGGCCGCGACAGAAGUGGAUGGCGAGGGCGUGGGUGGAAUAGAAGGAGAUGUCUGGAAGAAGCGAGUAGACUGGGAGAUGAAUGAGCGUCCAGAAAUGAGAGUACUCUAUGAGACGCUAGUGCCGACAGAGCUUGAUGCUAUAGCGUUCUGGACGCGGUAUUUCUUCCGUGUGAACCAAGUUGAGCGGGAGGAAGAAAGAAGAAGAGCAUUGCUGCGAGGUGCAGUGGAAAACGAGGAAGAUUUCAGUUGGGAAGACGAUGACGAUGAGGCAACGUCUCCUACUGCUUUAACGAAGUCUGCGGCUCCCGCUGCAACUACUCUUCCAUCCACUCGCCCUAGCACUGAAACGUCUGUCGCCUCACUAGUAAUUCCCGCAUCCGUCUCUGCCAAUCCUGCAGUACCGUCGCGCGUCUCAACACCUGGCUUCAUAAGCUCCCGCGAAAGUGAGGACAGCUAUGAUGUUGUGUCUGCUCAAGCGAGCAGUAUAAGCGGGGCGGACGUCCGAGAAAGCGAAGUCGCCAAGGAGAAGGAUGAGAGUGAGGAUGAAAGUGAGGGUGAGAGUGAGGAGGAAGAGAAUGAGGACGACGAGGCGGAGGAUGACAAUGAAGAGGAGGAGGAGGAUGGUGAUGGUGAUGAUGAUGAUGAGGAGGAGGAGGAGGAGGAUGGGCAGCAGGAGGAGGCAGCUGUGAGGGAUUUGAAAAGAACUAGUGAGCAAGAUGAGGAAGAGAGUGAUUGGGAAUAA